AUGUUCAUUCCCAAGCUGUCCACUUCUUUCGAGGCGUUACAGCCAAAGAAGACUAAAAAGAAGAAGAAAAAAGGAGAAGAGGAAGACGAAGGAUUUGUCGAAGGCGACGGUGCAAAUGUUGAUCCAUGUGAUUUGGUAGACUACUCCAAAGCGAAAAGGUGCAAAGAAAGGGUUCUCUUCAAGAACUACGAAAAAACCAAGUACGGAGGUCAUCCACCAAAGAUAAAAGUCAUGCCAAUGGCGUUAAUGCCAUUAGCGGAUCAUGAAAAGAAUGGCGUGCUGGUUUACUCCACCGGCUAUCGUAUGGAAGUUGUGGGUAAGAUGGACGAUUUCAAAAUGAAUGCAGGCUUUUUGAAUAGUAGGGUGAGUUUGAUUUCCCUUUGUGUCGCAUGUUACUGUAAUUGA